UGGGUCCAAGUAUAUAGCACUCCCAUUCUAUUUUCCUCUCUCUCUCCUCCGUUCCAUUUCCUCGAUCUGAAACCAAUCCCCACACAGAACCCUAGCUAAACCCUAAACCAAACGAAUCCUCACACCAGCAGCUCUCUUCCCCCCAUCCACAGCAGCCACAAAGCACUGUCUCUGCUGCUUCAUCACUCGUACGCGGUCUCCAACGACCCAAGAAAGCUCUGGAGAGAGCUCCCAGUUGGCUAGGUCCAAGCCCCUGAGGAAGCACUGGAAACAUCAUCUUUGUUGAGUGCACUGGGGCCUCGAUUGAUUCGUCCUCAUGAAGCUCGAGACGGCGCUGUUGUGUCCUCUAGAGCAAGCUCAAGAUGGAGCAGAGGAUAUGCUAUACAUCUCUAUUUGUUUGCAUGCAUUUAUAUAUGAUAGAUAGAUCUUUAAUUUUGGGAACAUGUAGGAAGGGGAAAUGAUUUUUUGAGAUAUCUACCAUCUCUGAUAUGUUCAGAAAACUACAGAUCCAUCUUUGCAAUCAAAGAAAUGAAUUGAUAUGUCCUGAAAAUUGGCUUAGUGACAACUUGCUGAUGUUGGAUAUUCUUUAAAAUUUGUAACCUUGUUUUAUUCAGUGAAACAAUUUCAUAUUGCUAUUAAUGUAAUUUACUAAGUGGGAGUCUCCUUCAGGGUACUGCUUAUUAUAGCACAAAUACAACUAGCAAAAAAAAUGAUUUCCUUGGAAAUUACUUUAUCAACCUAUGUAUCAUCCUAUGUAAAUGAUAGAUUUUUCUAGUUUCUAGUUUGCCCCCUUCUUUGGAAAUAGUACUCUUGUUUGUAGAUGAUUUUGGUACUUCUUUUACUUGGUGUAUGGCAACUGUUAAUCAUUUUUCCUAAGUAAUUAGGUUGGAGGUUGCUUGGUUCCUGUCGUGACCUAUGCUGACAUAUAGCCAGGAGGAAUUAUAAUAGCUUUCUAAGUAAUUAGAGCCCUAGCUACACACUUGAACAAGGUUAGAAGCAAAUCAGACCAAACAACCAACACAGAACUACAAGACAUUGCAAAAUUUUGCAUUUUCGCAAUAAGAGACAAGCAUGGAUAAGGGAUGGAUGGACCUUCCUAGGAACACACCUGGCUACUUACAGGGGGUCAAUAAUUUCAGAGUUUGCUUUUACACAUUCAGCAAAGGGAAAUAAAAUUUUGUGCCCUUGCAAGAAAUGUGUUAAUUGUUUGUGGCGGGAAACAGAUACUGUAAUUGAGCACUUGAUAUGUGAGAGAUUUAAGCCUGGGUACAAUCUAUGGAUUUUUCAUGGGGAAGCUCCAUCCUCUUUUGCACGUCAUACUGCACAUGAACAAGUUCAAGUAGAAGAGAGGGCCGACAAUCACGAUGAAAUUCCUGAAAUGCUUAGAGACAUGGCACAUGGUAUAGAUCUGAUUGGGGAGGGGGAUGUUGCUGAUGGUAGUUCAGGGGAUGGAAAUAAUGGUGCAGAUGAUUUUUACAGAUUAGUAGGUGAUGCAAGUAAAGAGCUAUACCCUGGUUGCAAGACCUUCUCUAAAUUAAAUUUCUUAGUCCGUUUGCUUCACACUAAAUUUCUUGGAGGGUGGAGUGAUAAAAGUUUUGACAUGUUGCUAGACUUGCUUAGAGAGGCAUUUCCUAAUAGUACCACCCUACCUAGAAACUUUUAUGAAGCAAAGAAAAAUAUUAAAUCUCUAGGUCUUGGGUACAUAAACAUUCAUGCUUGUGAGAAUUAUUGCAUAUUGUUUUGGAAACAAUAUGAAAAUUAUACCUGCUGCCCAAAAUGUAAUACUUCUCGAUGGAAGAUAGAGAGAAAGAGUCUUGAUGGAAAACGGUUUCACAAAGUUCCUAGAAAGGUUCUUCGAUAUUUUCCUAUGAAAGAAAGACUUCAAAGGUUGUACCUAAAUCCAGAGAAGGCCAAAAAUAUGAAGUGGCAUGAUGAGGGCCGUACAAAAGAUGGAUUGCUUAGACAUCCAGCAGAUACUCCCUAUUGGAAACACUUGGACACACUCUAUCCUAGUUUUGGCAAUGAAACUCGUAAUGUAAGAUUAGCAUUAGCUACCGAUGGCUUUAAUCCCUUUAGAUCUUUGAAUUCUACCCAUAGUACUUGGCCAGUUCUUUUGAUUCCAUACAAUGUUCCACCUUGGUUGUGUAUGAAACAACCCAACUUCAUCCUAUCCUUGCUAAUUCCUGGUCCAACUUCUCCUGGUAAUGAUAUGGAUGUUUACUUGGAGCCGUUAAUAGAUGAUAUGGAAUUUCUCUGGUGUCAAGGCACUAGAACUUAUGAUGCCGAUAAGGGUGAUUUUUUCCAAAUGCGUGCUACAAUAUUGACCACCAUAACUGAUUAUCCUGGAAAAGGAUAUUUGCAUGGAUGUGCUACUUCAGGUGAAGUAGCUUGCACUGAUUGCCACAUAGAAACUGGUUGUACAAGACUAUCAAAGGGUAGCAAAAGCUCUUACAUGGGGCAUUGCAGGUUCCUAGAUGCCAACCAUAGUUAUAUAUCAGAUGCAAAAUCAUUUGAUGGCACUACAGAAUUUAGACCACCGCCUUGUCCCCUUUCUGGUGAGGAUAUCUUGAAGCAGACUGAACAUUUAAAUGUUGUUUUUGAUAAGGAUCCAACGGGAAAGAAGCCCACAGCUAAGAGGAAAAAAGGAGACCCACCAAUAUUGUGGAAAAAAAGGUCUAUAUUUUUUAGGCUACCCUAUUGGAAAGAUCUACUGCUUCCACACAGUUUUGAUGUUAUGCACAUUGAGAAAAAUGUUUGUGAUAACAUAAUAAAUACACUUUUAGGAAUAGAUGGGAAGUCAAAAGAUAAUCUAAAUUCUCGCUUAGACCUCCAGCUGCUAGGGAUAAGGAAAGAUCUUCAUCCUGUCAAAGUUGGAGAUAAAUAUUUCUUACCUCCCGCUCCAUACACAAUGAGUCCAGAUGAGAAGAAGAUGUUUUGUGAAGUGUUGAAGGGAGUGAAGUUUCCUGAUGGGUAUGCGUCAAAUAUACGCAAUAAUGUUCGUGUUAGUGAGAAAAGGCUAGUUGGGAUGAAGAGCCAUGAUAACCAUAUUUUGCUUCAGCACCUGCUUCCUAUAGCUAUUAGAAGGAUUUUGCCUGAGAGAGUUAACAAAUAUAUUCUCCCGUGAUACGUAUAAGUGAGAUGCAGAAGCUUGAGGCAGAAAUAGCUGAAACCCAAUGCAUCUUAGAGACAAUAUUCCUACUAUCAUUUUUUGAUAUUAUGGUGCACUUGAUGGUUCAUCUUCCUGCACAAGCACGUAUUGGUGGUUCGGUGCUGUACCGUAAUAUGUACCCAGUUGAGAGGUUUUUGAUGAGAUUGAAAGGGUAUGUGCGCACUAGAAGUCAUCCGGAGGGAUCUAUAGCUGAAAGUUAUAUAUUUGAUGAGAGCCUUACUUUUUGCUCUCAAUAUCUACAUGGCUGUGAGACUAGAUAUACACGCAAAGCUAGAAAUGAUGAUGGCAGCAGAAAUAUAAAUUAUGAAGGAAAAAUGCAAAAAAGAGGAGGAAGUAGGUUGGCACCUUUGACUGACUAUGAGAGAAGAAGGGAUGACAAUAUUGCGGAGAACAAAAUAAAAAUGGCAGCUCUAAAUUUAGAGUUUGCACUACAAUCUUUAAGGACAGAAGCAGCUAGCUCUUCACAACAAGCUAAGAAAACUAGCAAGAAAAGGAAAGCUGUCAGAUCUGUACCAUGUGAUGUACCAAUUGAACCUCGAAAUCUUCACCCUAGACUUGCUCGAAUUGAGAUUACAAAUGAGCAUGAUACUAAUGAUUUAUGCCCUAGGCUAGCAAGCAAUGGGACUACAAAUGAUCAUGAAGGACGCGCUGAAGAUCCUCAACUUAUGGCUGCAGAAAACAAUAGGGAUUCCAAUGGAGCGCAGCCAAAGAAAAGAAAUGGAAGAAAAUUCACUAGAAAGGACAACAUAUGGUAUCGAGAAGACGAGGCACUGAUCAAGAUGGAGUUCAACGAAUUUGAUCAACCAGUUGGGAAAGCUGCUGUCGAGUUUCCUAAUGUUGUUGGUUCACUAGUAAGAACCAAGGGUUUUCCUCUCUGCCAUGAUGAUUGGCGACGUGUUAAUGCAGAUGCAAAGCCAUUUAUUAUUGAUGCUUUGGAGAAGUGGAAGGACUACAAAGCUGAUUUGAAGAAAGCCCAUUUUAAUGAGACAAAGACAGUGGAGGAACUUAUUGCAGCUUGUGAUGACAGAGUGCAACCUGAAGAUUGGGUGUGGCUUGUUGAUCAUUGGCUAUCACCAGAAGCAAAAGCUCGAAGCAUGAGAGGGAAAAUGAAUCGUGCCAAGCUGUUAACCCCACAUACCUCUGGCAGCAAGUCAUUUGCUCGCGCUCGACAUGAAUGGGCCGAAAAACUUGGGUACAUGCCACGUAGAGAUGAGAUGUAUAUCAAAACACAUACACGUAAAAACGGGACUCAAUUGAGGCAAGCUGAAGCUUCAAUUCGAGAUCUUCAAGAGGCUGUUAAAGAUCACCCAGAAUUAAAAGAGAAAAAUGUGCAUGAAGGUGAUGUUUUCUCCCAUGUAUUUGGACGUGAUCCUAGGGGGUAUGUUCGCUCUGUUGGUUUUGGACCUACCCCCUCUACUUUAGGCAUGCAUGAGCAUCGCAAGUAUACUCAAACAAAGGUUCAAAUGGCACUUCGUGGUCAACACAAAGCUGAGAAACAAGUUACAGUCCUUCAAGGAACGGUGGAUGAACUACGUGAUGAGGUUGCAGAGUUGAAGAGGUUAGUCUAUUCUUGUCAAGGUAGAAGAGAAUCUUGCCCUAAUGUUGGGAGUCCAUUAGAACAUGGUUCUAAUCCUACCCCAAAUGAGCAUACAGAGGAUAUAAGUGAGGCUGAGUCUGAGCAUGAAGUGAGUGACCAAGAAGUGAGUCGACAAGCUUACUUGCAGCAGUUACUGCGGAGGAGAGUUCCAACCAUUCCAGAAAGAAGACAUGAGGGGGGAGGCCAAAGAAGUCACACUACUCUCUCUUGUGACUCCUAUCAAUCUUCCUGUGGCUAAGGCAACUAUCCAAACAAGCAACCCAAACACAUUGGUUGGUAGGACUGCACUUGGUACAAGAUUCUGUGAAGUAGUCGUGAAUUCUGUGAUUAAAAGGGAUGCAAUAUUACCUCGCCCAUAUGGACGUAUACAAAUUAUGGGAGAUGCUUAUGGACAAUCAAUUGCUUGGCCACGCACUCAUAUUAAGUAUGAUGAGAAUGCAACAGGGAAACAAGGGUUUCAUCAGGUGGUGGCAAUUGAUGUACUGGCCACAUGAAUGAAGACAACAUAAUUGAUGUGCAAACUCAUAUGAAGUGCAUUCCAUACCUUUUCAAUAUCUAGUUGUAGCAUGUGGCCUAUAUUUUGUACUUCUGAAUUGUGCUAAUUAGACUACACAAAGACAUGAAGUGAAAUAUUUUGGCAACUGCUGUCAUUGACAUGUUCUGGAUUUGGGGGUAGGAUGGAGAUAUGAGGGCAUUAGCUUCAUCAUUUGUGGUUGUGCUCUUAAUGUAUUCAGUGAAAAUUGAGAACAACAUUGUUAUUCUUUUGUGAGGUUGAAUCUGACUAUUAUGAAAGUUGUGGUCCUUUUGAUUAGUUUGCACAUUGAUGUUGG